AUGAUGGCAGAAAAAGGGCUCGAUUAUGUUUAUUCUUAUAAUCCAUGUACACCGUUUACAGAAACAGAUUUGUGUUCAAAUGUUGCUGGUUGUCAAAUAUUCGUCAUAUAUAACAAGUUCCAUUUAAAACGAUCAGGUUUUGAACUUUUACCACAUCCUGUGUUUUGGACAUCAUUGCCUAGUCGUGCAAAAGAUGGGGUACAAUUUACCUUUCGGGCUAUGUUCAGGACCAAAGAAGCAACCGGAGGCUAUCAAUCAGUUUAA